AUGGCGCGUAGAUCACAGCGACUGUCCACAGGCAAUGGAUCCGCCUCCAAACACAAGCGAAGCGCUUCCGGCAAUGCGACUUCAGAUUCCACGGCAAAGAGGCCUAAGGCACAGCAUGCUACACCUGUCAAAAGCCAACACUUUCGCCAAGACGGGGAUUCUGAUGGCGAAGAGUCCCACGAUGACCAUGAAGAUUCUCCCUCAGAAGAGACUGGAUCCGAUUUCGCAGCCGCCGAGAAGCUCGACCCUGCUGAUGAAGCGACCUCUGGAGACGAUCACGACGAGGAAGACGAUGAUGACUCGGGUAGCGACGUCGCAUCUGCCGCACGAUCGCAGAAGCAGACGAAAGAUGUGUGGCGACCCGGCGUCAAAGCUGGUCUAGGACCUGGCAAGCAACUCAUCAUCAAGAAGCCAAAGCCAAGAAGCGCUGGAAAGAUACCUUACUCCGACGAGACCAUCCACGAGAAUACUCUACUUUUUCUGGCCGACCUUAAGGCGAAUAAUGACAGACAGUGGCUAAAACUGCACGAUGCCGAUUUCCGACAGUCAGAGAAGGAUUGGCAUAGCUUCGUGGAGCAAAUGACUGAGAAACUUGUGGAAAUAGAUGACACAGUCCCUGAGCUCCCAGUAAAGGACGUGAUAUUCCGCAUUUACAGGGACGUACGUUUCUCAAAGGAUCCGACUCCAUACAAGGCCUGGUUCAGCGUUGCAUGGUCCCGAGCUGGACGAAAGUCCUCAGCAUACGCUCAUUAUUAUCUUCAGAUUGCUCCGGAUAAGAGCUUCAUCGGUGGAGGGCUUUGGCAUCCUGAAGCUGGACCAACUGCGUCCAUGCGCCGAGCGAUCGAUCGUGAUUCGAGUCGUUUGAAGAGCGUAUUGAUGGACGAUCGCAUACGGAAGGAGUUCCUCGAUGGGUGUGGUAAGAGCGAAGGCGCGGCAGUCAAAGCCUUUGUCAAGAGCAACCGUGAGAACGCGUUGAAGACAAAACCUAAAGGCUACGAUGCGGACCACGCGGACAUCGACCUUCUGAGACUUCGCAACUUUACGAUAGGGAGAAGUCUGACCGACCCAGAGGUGGUGGGCAAGGCUGGGGUGCUACGAAUCGCACAUUUGCUCGCAUGUCUGAAGCCCUACAUCACUUACGUGAAUUCUGUGAUCAGUCCAGACGAGAACCAGUCAGACGAAGAUGAAGGGGACGAAGAAGCAGAUGAUUCUGAGUAG